AUGUCGAAGGAACUUGGCGCCUUAGAGACGAACAUUCAAAAUGAUGCUCAUCCAGAGCUACAUGCGUUGCGAUCUCAUCUUCAACACAUACUGGAGGAUAUGUCCCGCUAUGCGCCGGUGAUCUUUAAACCUCCAAUCCUAGACUCGUCAUAUGAUAGCGCCAAGGAAAGCGGACAGGAGUCGGUACCUGGCAUACGCGCACUGAGGGAUGCAAUCAAGCAAGAUCUCGAAGUCCUGGAGAAGUUCCUCGCUGACCCAAAGAGUGUUUCGCUCCCGCCGCUGUCCACAAAUGCUCCGUAUUUAAUCGCAGUAUGGCACGAAGUAUUGCUUGCUCCGCCACCUAUCACUGCCAUAUGGCGCACGUACAACGACAAUGCCCCGCAGGGUGAAUCCCAUCGGCGCAGUGCGCAUAAGCCGCCAGGCAUCAAAAACUCGCGUAUGUUGGCCGAGUUUCGCGAAAUCGACUCGUAUCUUACCGACUCAAGUGAGGGCUCGGACGAUCCUGACACCCCACCUACCCUCGCCCAAACCGAGUUCGACAACUCCCUUCUCAGUAGAGGCCGUGCACUGCUGUCUGCUGCGGCGCAGAACCCUCUUCCCGGCACCAACGUACUACCUAUUGUCAACCUCCGCCUAACACGCCUCGACCCUGCGCCAGAAAACCCGAAGGAGCAUGACCCGCGCAUAGCACAGACCAUUGAUACGCUGCGUGCGAUGGGAAUCGAUGUCCAGCUAGGCGAGCGCGACGCGAAUGCCAUCCCCCAAGUGGCUGCCCCGCCGCCUUCUCGUCGCCUCGAGCCCACACUGCGCAUCAAUCUCGACUUGUCCAUACUCAUCGCGCUCGUCUCUGACAUCACGCACGCCCCGCCACCACACUCCGCGGCGGAAGCCGAUGCGCGCUACGAGCCGCCACCCGAGUACCGCGAGUGGAAAAAGAAACGCAACGGCGUGCUCAAAGGGCCCGACUUUGACGGCAGCGAGGAAGGUAUUGGGAAGCACGCACGCGCCCUCGCGACGCAGGCGCUGCAGGAAGCAAAGCGCGGGCUGAUCCAGGAGAUGCACGACCGCCUGUGCGCACUUGUGCCCCAGCCUGUCGACGCGUCCGGUCGACAUGCAUGCCCGCCGGUGGAGUUCUGGACGACGCCCGACGCACGCGACCGGUUUCUGCGCAUCGUGCUGUCGAAGAUCGGGGGCCCUGCCGAGCAGCGCCGCGCACUUGCACUCUUCCCCGAUCACGCGUCCCCGCCGCUCAGCAUAGAGGAGGCGGAGGAGGCGUAUUGGCGCGGCUCGCGCUACCCGCGAGGCUUCCUCCCGUUACUGCCGGUGCGCAUGUUCCCGGCCACGGAGCCCGACGCUGCGCUGGAGCCGCCGGCGGACGCGGACGGAUGCCUGUUAUCCCCCUUCUUCCACCAUCUUGCAUGUGCAUGCCGGAGGGUGCUCGCGCUGGAGACCAUCCCAGACCUGCGCGAGGCGAGCGGUGCGGGUGGGGACGGUGAAGCUGACGGGCAAGGAGACACAGAUGGGCAGGGAGAUGCAGAUGCCGACGUGAUCCCGCGGGCUGCCGUGACUCGUGCAAAUCCUCGGCUGACGGCGCACACGAUGCAGAGUGUGCUGUGGGGUGCGGUGCGCAGGUGGACGACGCUGACGGCGAACAAAACGAGCGUGAAGGCGAUUCUGCGAGAAACUGGGUCGGCGGGCGGCUCGAACGAAUAUGGCUCGGGACCCACAGAUGGACUAGAGGACGCGAGUGGUAUGUUGGCGGAGAAGGCGGCGCUGUGGGUAGUAGACCCUAGGAGCCUCGCGGAAGGUAGGAAACGCACCGUGCCAACCGAUAGGGGACGUAGAGUCGAGACUGUUGUAAUACCUGCUUGA